UGUUCGACGGACUCUAUCCUCUGCUGUCUAGGCCACAAUAAUACCUGUUUUAGAGGAUGUUUUUGCGAUGAAUUUUGUCUGUCAAACCAUGACUGUUGUUCAGACUACAACUCAACUUGCAAAGCAGGUAAUUCAGCUGAGACACCUAGCACCAUGACUGCAGAGUAUCCUUCAGCAUCAGCAACAACUGCUGAAACCAUACUCAACAUAACAACACUGACAGUGGGUAACGGGACAGCCCUUGUACAGCAAUCUACAGUAUAUCAUACUGUUACAUCAAGAAGCAACACUACUCGGACAAGUCAGCAAUCAGCUGUCACAUCAGUAAACCUUCCACAAUCCAGUCCAUCUACAUUGGGAGAAAGUACAGCAUUGGCUACUCAGAGGUUUAGUUCAAGUACAACACUGCAACCUGUAGAAACUGCAAUCAUGGAAAUGAUAGGUAAUACAAAUGGGACACCUAGUACACUGACUGCAGUGUAUCCUUCAUCAUCAGAUACAACUACAGAAGCCAUACUCAGCACACUAUUACCAUCGACAGUGCAACAUGUGAUGACAACAGGACAGCAAUAUACAAUAUCGUAUACUGUUACAUCAUUUGGAAACAACACUACUCAGAGAAGUCAGCAAUCAACUGUCACACCAGACCAAGCAAGUUUGUAUUUAUCUCUUCAUAUCUCAACAUUAUUGAAUAAACUAGAAAGGGAACAGCAAAUAAUAUACCAGGGAACCCAUUUUGAAUCAGUCACUGAGGAAAAGAAGAAAACGACAAAGCUGUUAAGAAAGCUGACAAAUAAUGAGCUACAGCCCAGCUUUGACCAAUGAAAAAAUAAGAAUGCAGAGGUG